GCAAGCGUACACGAGUGGAGAGAAGAUGGUGCUUAUUAAGGAAUACCGUGUGGUCUUGCCAUGCUCGGUAGAAGAGUACCAAGUGGGCCAGCUUUUUUCUGUUGCUGAAGCCAGCAAAAAUGAAACCGGAGGUGGGGAAGGCAUUGAAGUGCUGAAAAAUGAACCAUAUGAAAAGGAGGGGGAAAAAGGACAAUACACACACAAGAUUUACCACUUAAAGAGUAAAGUGCCUGGCUUUGUGAAGAUGAUCGCACCCGAGGGGGCUCUAGUUUUUCAUGAAAAAGCCUGGAAUGCUUACCCAUACUGUCGUACCAUCGUGACGAAUGAAUACAUGAAGGAUGACUUCAUGAUCAAAAUUGAAACAUUUCACAAACCGGAUUUGGGCUCUGCAGAAAAUGUACAUAAUUUGGACCCUGAAACGUGGAAAACCGUCGAGGUGGUGCCCAUCGAUAUAGCAGAGAAAUCACAAGUGGAGCCUGCGGACUAUAAACCAGAGGAGGACCCUACAGUCUUUCACUCUGAGAAGACAGGCCGAGGUCCACUAGGCCCCGACUGGAAGGGAGAACUCGCUGCUAAAGCAGAUGCUCCGCGAAUGUGCGCAUACAAACUCGUCACUGUGAAGUUCAAGUGGUGGGGCCUUCAAAGCAAAGUAGAGCAAUUCAUCCAUAAACAAGAAAAAAGAAUUUUCACCAACUUCCACCGGCAGCUUUUCUGCUGGAUCGACAGAUGGGUGGAGCUCACCAUGGAGGACAUCCGAAGAAUGGAGGCUGAGACACAGAAGGAGCUGGAGGAGAUGCGCAGUAAGGGCACAGUAAGAGGCACAACAGCGAAAGACGAUUAGGUCCCGGUCUUCUCAUAGACACACAGGUGGAGCGACAUCCCUUCGUAAAACCGGUCAGGUACGGGGCACCAGUGCUGCUCACGAACAAUGAGGCAAUACUAAAGAAUCCUACUGUAACACGCCGACGAAGAAAAGACGACGCGACACACGAGCGAAGCUGGCCGACGGCGUGCGACGCGUCCCGGUCCUCCACUAGAACGAGGGAAAUGAUCCCAUACUGUCUGUAGUACUGUAGCCAGCAUUUCCAAACACACCAUUUCACUCACACUGGCCAGCAGCUUUAAAACAACACGGAGAGACUCACCACUUUCCAUACUCGCAUAUAACGACUUGGGCAGGAGAGAGGUAGAAAUGGUGCUUUUAACUAGAAAGUGCAGCCUUUUAGAAAUAAUCAAGCUUUGUUGUGUGUGAGCUUUUCAUUUCAGUCAAAAGAAGCAGUUGGGGGAAGAAUUGGACCAAUUUGAAUUGUCUGGUAGGAUUAAUUUCUAGCGUUUAUUAUAGGUUUAGAGGUUUUUCUGUCACUUUGUAAAAUCAUCUUCUUUUAUUGGGUCCCCUAUAUUAAGCACUUCAUUCUAUGGGAUUGGGGUCUUUGUAUCUUGUUAAAUUAUUCAUAUAAUCAUGGUAAUUUUAGCUUCUUAUUCAAUGGAUUGUAUUAGUUUUGUCUUGUUUUUUUUUAAUGGAGGAAGUAUUCCACAACUUGGACAGCACACACACUAAUACAAACACACAAUUUGCCAUCAAUCACGCUGUCACACUGGGUGAACCACACAGACCAGAGGACCUUCAUGGUCAGGGGCUUUUCAUGAGCUCGCCUUUGCCGUGACGGGACAAGACAGACGUAUUUGUUUUGUCUGUCUUUUCUCUUCUUCGCGUCUCGGAAAGAGGGCUCGCUCACACGAGCACCUCCAGUUUCCUCCAUUCAGACUACCUACUGCUGCAUCUGUGCUGCUUUCUGUAGAGCUUUAGGCCCAGCGACGUGCUGCUCGAUCUCAGAUGUAACAUACUGUACUGUACCGUGCUGUAAAAGAGUCUAGUUUUUAAAUCAAGAAAAUGAACUUUUUAAUCCAUAACAAAGCUAAAUAUCGUGGGGAGAUCGUUUGUGGGUGCACCAGCCUUCUCGUCAGCCAGCCUGGGUGUGGGGAGGGCGGGUGUCGGAAACAACAACGACAACAACGCGCAGCACUUUGCCGUCUUGCACCGGUCACGCAAAAGACCGAACCCGGCAUACAGGGCUUCUUGACUCUUCUCUCCAAUGUGCUUUAAGCAGUAAUGGGCUAUCGUCGGAGGUUUACAGUUUUUUACUAUAGAGCCAUCUACACCUUCGGAGAGGUGCAAUCGAGACGGGUAUAUGUACAUCAUAAAAGGUCGCAACUAUAGACCCGCUUUUCUAUUUUUUUAAUACGGUGUGUGUGGAUUAUCUAACGGUCGGUUACUGGGUUUCUCAGACCCUUUGGUUUGAGUCGGGGAUGUCACGUUUACGUCCUACUUUUUCCCCCCCAAAUCAAAUCAGUUCUGAUGUCAAUUUUUUAUAUAUCAGCCAAUAAUGAAAUAGAGCCUGUACGGCGAACGAUUCUAAACUUUAAAUUCCUCAGUUCUGCCUUAGCAUGAUGCAUUUUUACCUUUUAAUAUUAAUCAAUGUAUCACUUUAGACAACAUGUCGGAUUCAAGCAGAUGUCAAUCCAGAAUUUUCAGAUCGGGACAUCCCAUCCCUUGCCAUGCCAUACCAUGCCAUGGAAACCCAUUUUUUUUUCCUGGGCUUGGUGGAUUUUUCCAGCAGCGUGUGUGUCGAAUUUUUUGGAUAUUGGGCUCGUCGUCCUCAGGCAUUUCAACCAUCCUAAUGAAUUGCUGAAGCCGAAUGCAUUUGACAGGGUUUCUUGGUAGUAGGCGAGCGCCAGCCUCGGUGCCAUCGGACGUCGCUCUCAUCAGAUUUUGUUCACCCAAUAAUACAGUCCCUUCGAAUCACGACUGAACGGCGAUACGCUGAUGUUUGUUUUACUAACAUGCUACUAUGCUAUCAUUGCUUCUCAUGUUAUUCAGCUGACUUUUGUACACUGAUCUUACUGUUGGGAUUUCGUUUCGGUUAUAAUGUUUAAAUUGAGCAUACUGUAAUAAAAAGACGGCCCUGCAAGUCUACUGUUUUAUUAUAGUAAACGUUUCAUUCUAUAUUUUUAUUAUAUCUUAUACUUUUCAGGGGUUAUAACGGUGAAUGUACAACAAGGUCUAUUUUGUUGUUUUGAUUUUGCAGCUUUUGAAUGGAGCAAAAAUAUCUAUAGUAU